ACCCCGGGUUCCCGGCGCGGCUCUCAGGUGACCGCGGUGGGCGCCGCCCGCGUCUCCGCCGGCCGCCGCGCCUCCCCGCGCGCUCGGAGCUCCAGCCAUGCUGUUCUGGCACACGCAGCCGGAGCACUACAACCAGCACAGCUCGGGCAGCUACCUGCGGGAUUUGACUAGUGUUCUUCAAAGGGAAAAUGAUGUGCUCGCGCUGCCUAUCUUCAAGCAGGAGGAGCCCCAGCUGUCCCCUGAGAACGGGGCCCGCCUGCCACCCCUGCAGUACGUACUGUGUGCUGCCACGUCACCGGCCGUGAAGCUGCAUGAGGAGACCCUGACCUACCUCAACCAAGGUCAAUCCUAUGAAAUCCGACUGCUGGAGAACCGGAAGUUGGGAGACUUUCAAGAUCUGAACACAAAAUAUGUCAAGAGCAUCAUUCGAGUGGUUUUCCACGACCGCCGGCUGCAGUACACAGAGCACCAACAGCUGGAGGGCUGGCGGUGGAGCAGGCCAGGAGACCGAAUCCUGGACAUCGAUAUUCCACUGUCUGUUGGUAUCUUGGACCCCAGGGCCAGCCCAACCCAGCUGAACGCAGUUGAGUUCUUAUGGGACCCUGCAAAGAGGGCAUCUGCGUUCAUUCAGGUACACUGUAUCAGCACGGAGUUCACACCCAGGAAGCACGGGGGAGAGAAGGGAGUGCCUUUCCGGGUGCAGAUUGACACGUUCAAGCAGAACGAGAAUGGGGAGUACACAGAGCACCUGCACUCAGCUAGCUGCCAGAUCAAGGUGUUCAAGCCAAAGGGAGCUGACCGGAAACAAAAGACUGACCGGGAAAAGAUGGAGAAAAGAACUGCUCAAGAGAAGGAGAAGUACCAGCCAUCCUACGAAACCACCAUUCUCACAGAGUGCUCUCCCUGGCCAGAUGUGGCUUACCAGGUGAACAGCGCCCCGUCCCCGAGCUACAAUGGCUCUCCCAACAGCUUCGGCCUUGGAGAAGGCAACAGCUCACCGACGCACCAGGUGGAGGCCCUGCCCAUGGGCAGUGAUCACCUGCUGCCAUCAGCCUCCAUCCAAGACGCCCAGCAGUGGCUCCACCGCAACAGAUUCUCACAGUUUUGCCGCCUCUUUGCCAGCUUCUCAGGUUCAGACUUGCUGAAGAUGUCCAGAGAUGAUCUGGUGCAGAUCUGUGGCCCUGCGGACGGAAUCCGGCUCUUCAAUGCCAUCAAAGGCAGGAACGUGAGGCCAAAAAUGACCAUUUAUGUCUGUCAGGAGCUGGAGCAGAACCGGGCAUCCCUGCAGCAGAAGAGGGAUGGCAGCAGUGACAGCAGCCUCUGUGUGUACCAUGCCAUCUUCUUGGAAGAGCUGACCACCUUGGAGCUGGUUGAGAAGAUCGCCAACCUGUACAGCAUCCCCCCCCAGCACAUCCACAGAGUCUACCGGCAGGGCCCCACGGGCAUCCACGUGCUGGUGAGCAAUGAGAUGGUGCAGAAUUUCCAAGAUGAAUCUUGUUUUAUCCUCAGCACAUUAAAAGCUGAGAGCAAUGAUGGCUACCACAUCAUUCUCAAGUGUGGGCUCUGAGCAGCGAGCGGUAGGAAAUGCACUGACUCCCAGCCCCACGAAUGCCUUGGAUGUAGAAAUUGUACCACUGCCAGCUGCAGUCUUACCUGGCAAGCUGAAGCUUUGAGGGACCCUGCCUACUCCAUGGAAGCUACAGACCACCAACCAGCAGAAACCUGUGGACCUAAAGUCUGGGAUGCAGAAAACUGGUGUCUCCCUCUCCCUUCCUCUCAGCCUCCAGUUUUUGGACAGUUCCUUGUUCUUCUCCCUCCCAAACCUGACACUCUAAAGAGACACAUAGUAGCUCAGCUCUAAAGCUCCAUGCUCCUUAGGUAGAGGCUCUUCAGGAAUCUUGGUACCACUUGUAUCGCCCCUUCUGAUCGCUCUCCUGCCUCCAGAGGAAGCUUUGCCUCACUCACACCCCCACCUCCUUGCAUAGCUGGCUUCAGGCCCAGUGCUUCUGGCUACUGGGUCCACUUUGCCCCAUUCUCCUCUGUUUCCCUCUCGGUGACCACGGUGGACAUCUCUCUCUCCUGUACUUGGAUGAAUCUGUGGGAGUGAUGCUGUUCUGUGCUUUCUCCUUUUACCUUCACCAUGUUUAUUUUUUUAAAGAAAAUAAUAUUUAAUACACUAUAUAUGAUCUUCAAAGUAGUUACUCAGAGAAGACAUAGAUUUUUUUAAAAAAGUCCUCUUGCAAGGAAGAAAUUAACAGAUAAUAGCACAAACUUUCUUUUCAGUGAACUAAGUUUCUCUUAGUUCACCAUAUUUCUAAGAAUCCGUCACUGCAAAUCCCAGAGAUGUACCUGUAUCUGUGCAUUGACGUAAUGGGCACCGCAGUGCAUAUGUCUGACCUGUCUCAUGGAUGCUAAGUCUGAUGCUGUCUAGGAGUUGAGAGGUGGGUGAUAACAUAAAAACUUUUUUCAGGCAUAUUUUUAUAAGUAGAGAAGGUUUGAGAAACAAGUGAUUUCUCUUGACUUACUUUGUAUGAUUUUAUCUCUUAGGCAGUCAUGGGUAAGGAGGACUAGGAAAUAAGCAUUCCACUGUAUCAUCAGAUGACUUUGACCACCAUAGUAUCAGACUUUUUAGCAUGGACUUACAAAAUCCCAUGUAGAAAAGUCUGUGAUUAACCACCGGUGAAUUUACUAAGCUUCUUAAGGACGCUAGUUUUUCUAUGGUGGUGGUGGGGCUCUUUGAGUUUUUCAUCUUUUUUCAUUUGUAGGGGAUAUGUUUAGGGUACUUUGCAUUGGAAAGAUUGGGUCACCUUUCUUAACUGUGGAUCAGUGACUAAGACAGACAGUCUUGUUUUCCCUCUGGGACUUAGGAUCCAGUGAUGAGUAUGAGCCCAGGGCUUCAAGCUCUUUGCUAAGUUGGGUUCAUCUUGCAAUCCUUGCUGAACCCUGUGGCCACUAGAGUAGGAUUUUACAGCUUCUGAAGUGGAGCUUUUGUGGAAUACAGCAUAGUGCUAGGCUCAAAGAUUGUCAGAAUAUGCAGAGACUGAGGUUCAGAGAGGCAAAGACACCAGGUGUAUGAUACACAUACCAGGAUCCUUUGGAGAGAAAAGGGGUCCAUCAGUAACUAUGCUGGAUCAAGAGUCAUGGUGCUCCCUGCACAGUGAAGACAGGUCCUGACUUUUUGUCUUCUUUUAGGAGAGAAAGAGGGUUUGGGUUAAUAGCUUUAUUGACAUAUAAUUUACAUCCCAUUCAGAUUCCCUGCUUAUCAUGUACAAUUGUGUGGUUUGGAGUAGAGUCAUGGGAUUGCAUCAAUUUUAGAAUAUUUUCCUGGUCCCCGAAAGAAACCCUGUGUCCUUUGGCUAUCCCCAACUUCCUCAGACCUAAGAAAGCAUGUAUCUACUUUUUAUGUAGAUUUCCCUAUUCUGAACAUUCUGUGCAUAUGAUGUCAUACAAUAUGGCCUCUUAUGACUGGCUUUUUUCAUUUAGCCACUUAACCACAUUGAACCUGUACCAGUCCUCAUUUCUUUGUAUCACCAAAUAAUAUUUCACUAUAUGGAUGUACCACUUCAGUUGAUGGACAUUUUGGAUAUUUCUACUUUUUCACAAUUUCAGUAAUGCUGCUAUGAACAUAUUUGUACAAGUUUUUUGUGGACAUACAUUUUCAUUUCUUUUGGAUAUAUAAUAGGAGUGGAGUUACCUGUUCAUAAUAGUAACUCUGGGUUUAACUUUUGACACAACCAGUGGGAUGUUUUCCACAGUAGCUAUAGUAUUUCAUAUUUACACUCAUAGUCUGCAUCCUCACCAACACUUGCUGUUAUCUUUCUUCUUUCUCACAAUAUCCCAGCAAGUGUGAAGUGAUAUCUUAUCAUGUUUAUUUGCAUUUCCCUGGUGGGUUUUCUUGUGGUUACUGAUAUUUGUGUACCUUCUUUGGUAAAGUGUCUGUUCAGGUCCAUAGCCAUUUUUAAAUCAGAUUGUCUUACUGAGUUGUAUGAGUUGUUGGUAUAUGCACUGUAAAAUUUUAUCAGAUAUAUGCUUUGUAAAAUUUUUCACCAUUCCAUGUAUUAACUUCACUUUGUUAAGAGUGUCCUGUGAAGCACAAAAGAUUUUAAUUUGGGUGAUGUCCAAGUUAACAAUUUUUGUUGUUGUUUGUGCCUUUGAUGCCAUAUUAAGAAAUCAAUGCCUUAUCCAAGGUCAGGAAGACUUACGCUUAUAUUUUCUCCUAAGGAUUUUUGUGAUUUUAAUUCUCACAGUGGUCUUUGAUUUUUUUUAAUUGAUACUGGGGAUUGAACUCAUGACUGUGUACUUGCAAGGCAGGCACUUACGCUGCUGAGCUAAAUCCCCAGUUCCACUCUUUGAUUAUUUGGAGUUAGGUUUUGUACAUGUUGUGGAGUAGGAGUCCAGCCUUAUUCUUUAGUGUUGGAUAUCCACAUGUACCAGGGUUAUUGAAAAACCCAUUCCUUCUCUAUGGAGUUGUCUUGGCACCCUUGUUAAAGGACCCUGGUUCUUGCUGGAUCUUUCUUUGUGGGGUACAAUGCUGCAAUUAGAAAGCUCGCCUUUCUCCCUCUCGGUCUGUGUUUGGCUCCACUAUUUUUAUAACUGCUUUGUGUAAGUUGUGUUCUUGUACUCUCUCUUCACCUGUCUCAACAGUGCUGGGUCUAUGUCAGUGUGUUUCAGCACCACCUCCUAGUCCUGGUGAAAGGUCAAGACCACUCAUUUCCCUUUUUUUGGAUCAUGAGGAAACUGAGUCAUGUGGAAGUGGAAUAGUUCACUCAAGGUCGCACUUCCUUUUAGUGGGAGAAUCAGGACUGUUUUUGACCCUUAGCCCUUCAGGGCAUCUGUAGCCAUCAUACCUAAGUGAUACCACUACCCAGGCCGAGUGACAACAGGCUACAUUUUAAUUCAGAGAGAAAUGAUGUGAGGGCUUGGUGUUUUUGCUUCAUAAUUCCAAAAGAAGGUCUAAUAAAGGUCUGUUACCAGAAGCUCAUAGUUCAUAGUCUUCCGUUCUCUUACAUGCAUGCUGUUAUCAACCUCCCUUUGCCUUAUAGUUAAAUCUUAUAGCUUGCAAAGGAAGAGAAAUACUCAAAGUGGACAAAUAGUAAUUUAGUACCAAAGUGUGUCAGCUGCUUUCCCUUCCAUGGCAGUCAGGUGAGCUAAAGCUUUUGGUUUUAUUUUUCAUUUAUUAAUAUAUAGAAAAGUCAUAGCAGUUAGCACUCUUGACCAGUGUCUUUCCUGGGAGCUCUGAGUCCAGAGGCCUGGGCCUGGUGGGCAAGGAAGCUCUUGGUAGGGCCUUCUCUGCCAUUUACGCUCUGUUUUCUAGAUUUGGCUUCUUGGAGGCAGUGGCUUUUAAAAGUGAAUCUCAGAAAAAGAUAACACCAUGUAUUUCAACCCUGCUCAUCUCCCGACCCAGGCCACUAUCUUGAACUGGAAGCCAAAGCUGAGUUUGCUGUUAGGCCAGUCGGCCAGCCCGGAUUGCAAGGUCAGGAUAAAUCUUUCCCUGUUUACCAGGUUGCACUUUUAAUAAGGAAACAGAGGCUGUUGAGAGGGGAACAAUAGGAUUUGCUGGGGGAAGGGGCGGUACACCUUUGAAAAGGGGGAGAGUAGAGCGGGGAGUUCGAAGUCCUGGCUUGGGGUAGGCAAAGGGUGGCUAUUGCCCUAGUGACCCCUUGCCCAGUCAGCCUCAGCCCCUUAAGCAGAGCUGUUAACUUAGGGCUUUACUGGGAACAGGCUGGAGUCCUGCAAUGUGUCACAGGUUUCCAAGUCCAAAUGUUGCUUGUGGGGCUGGCCUGAGCCACUGAAGAAAAUCAUUAACAAGUUGGUCAAAUAAAUGGAAAAGGCUCUUUUCCUGUUGUCUGUGAAGCAGAGGGAAAAAGCUCCAGGCUUGCUGAGAGAGGAGUGGGGAAUCUAAGGUUGGCAUUGCCCAAGCCAUGGUGGGGAGGACAAGGCCAUGGGUCAGGGUUCUGGGCAUGCUGCUGGCCUGCUCAUGCUGAGCAUGAGUCCUUUUGCCUCUGUCUCUCUGUUUCCUCGGCUUGGAAAUAGAGAUUGGGUGCUCGGUGGGUGCCUGGUUCUGAUAGAGUGGUUUGUUUCCCAGCACAGCCCUCCCCACAAAAGAAAAAAUUACAGACAGGGCACAGUCUCAUGCUGAGCCUGAGGGGUGCCAGGGCUUUCCCACUGCUCCCCUUUAUCAAAACUGUACAGUGGGUGACCAUUCUGUAUGCUCAUCCUGGGUGUGUAGGGUACUCCAGCCUCCUAUGUUGCAAGCUUGCAAACAUCUUGACAUGAGUCACAUCAUCCCCAUCACAUGUUUAGGAAUCAGCUCUAGCUCCUAACUCUGGGUGCAGUUAGCAGGGGCCCCGGGACCUUCUGUUAGCUGUAUCUUACACACGUGUGUUUGUGCACAUGUGUGGGCUCCUUAGUGUGGUAUGGUGCUGACUGGUUCCCUGGGCAUAUAGCUCUUUUGGGUUAGGGGAACGCAGAUCCCUGGGUGCUGGGUGAUUCCCUUUGAUCUCACAGGUUACUCCAGGAGCAGAGAGGCCCUGUUCAUGAGGCUCACAAUGGUGCUAUUGCCCAAAGGGUGCACACCCAAAGUCAGCUCUUCAGGGAGUGUGAGCAGUGCCUGGGCAGCUGGUACCUGACCAGCACCCCAGGAGCAAGGACCCAGAACUGUCUUCCACGUGGCCACCUCCCCAUCAGGGUGCGCUGUCUUGCUGAUCACACUGGCCAGUAAGAAAUGUUGGUGCCUUUUCUCUGACUGCGCUGCUCCCAUUUCCCACUUUGAGACAGGGAAGUGGGGGCUGGAGACCAGGCACUCACCUUCCAGCUCUGCGCCUGGGCCACCUGUCGGUAGCACAUGACAAAUCUGAGUGGCGCUCCUGUGCCAGUGGCCCAAGCUGAACCUGCUAUCCCACCUCUGGCAUACAGGGCCUUGUAGAGACAGUGUCCCCAGGAGAUGGCUCUGAGGUGUGGAUUUACUGAUCUACACAGAGUCAUUGAUGGCUUAUGGUGAGGAGAGGCAGUCACUAGUUCAAAAGGCCAGUGUAAACUGCUCUUCAUGCCUUUCACCUGAGGCAUGAGGUGAGCUGAGGGGGCUGGCAAGGGACAGGGAAACCUUCAUCAUGGACUAUUUUCAGGCCCUGAUCUAAAAGCCAAAAAAUGUAGUCACCCCAUCCCCAUUGCCCAGCCUCAGUUAGCAGUAUCUGUCCUCUGUUGUCAGGGUUGGUAAAUGGGGGCAGACCUAGCUUUUGGUCUGAUUUUGCCAUUGAUUUGAUGAGAGGGAACAUUGUCUUUCAACCCAGGUAAUGGAGAUGCUAUUCAACCCCACACCUGCUUAAAAAAAAAAAAUCACAGUCUUCUCAUUAGUAGACCUGUAUCACCAAAAAGACAUGCUCAAUUGUUAUGUUUUGACUUGCAUCAGUUGAGUUGUAUGGACUGGGGCUGUAGCUCAGUAGCGGAGUUCUGGCCUCGCAUGAAUGAGGCGCUAGGUUUUAUCUUCUGAAAAACAAGACAACAAAAUGUGGGAAUUUGUUCUCUCAUGCCAAUAUAGUUAUCAGUUUUGGCUGUGGGCCCUUAAAGCCUAAAAUAUUUACUCUCUAACCCUAGACAGAGAAAAUUUAGUGACCACUGAACAAGACCUCUGUCACUUCUAGUUCUGCUGAAUUAUGUAAAGGAAAAACCCCAGACGUUAAGAACUGUCUUAUGUAAUAAAAACAUUUUGAGUGCGCUCCAAAGCAGGAGAUGCAUUCUGUGUGCCCGAGAGCCAUCCUGAGGGCUUCUGGGCCUCCCUUUCUCUCAGUGGGGACACAGAGGACCUUUUAGCUUCUCUGGGGUCUACGAGCCUCUCCCCAUGUGUCCUGCUGUGUGACUGGGAGGCUCCUGGCUUGGCUUGUACCUUCCCUUGAUGGUGGAAACCCUUGGUAUUAAGGGAGGUGGCUCUAUGUCCAGAUGAGGCAGCUCUGUCCCCUAUGGCUUGUCCAUCCCCAGUGGACUGCUCUGGUCACCCUUAAGAGCCGACCAUGGCAGUACAGCUCCAUUCUGCAUCAGUAUAUGGUGUAGCAACUGCUGCUGACUGGUCCCCCACCACGGGCUGAGUUUUGUGCUCUUCCGCUCAGCUGUCACUGACGCUCCCUCCAGAUCUGUGGGAUGAGUCCCCCAGGUUCCCAGGUGUGGAAGCUGACAUGGAGGAGUCAGGGAUAGGGCAAAAGCCCCAUAAUGACUGCAGGCUGAGCACCCCAAUACUGCAUCUGGAGAUACCUCAAAAUGCACUGACAUGACACCACAAGUAGAAAACCCCGCACCCGUGUGUGCCCCAUGGGGAGGGAUGUGCCUUCAUAAGGCUCAGCUGUUAAAGACAGAUGCAAAGGGGACUAUCUGUGUACCUCCCACCAGUCCUGCUCACUGCCCGGAAGCCUCUAAUGUUUGUGUAUUUGAAGCGAUUUGAAUCCUGCCCACCUCCCUCUAGAUUGGGUGAAUUUUCUUAAGGGUGGUGGGGUUGUCUAUUGGGGUGACCCAGGUGGGCCAGGUGAGGGUGUCAGGUCAUGGGGAGGUGGCUGUUGAGACCUAAAUUGUCAUGCUACCAGGUUGUUUCUAUACCUGAAAUAAAGGAUACAUUCUUGUUCCUGGGAGACGCACAGAUGAGAAGUCUGUAUAGGUGGGGUCUGGGCUUUGUUCGGACUACAAAUAAAACUUACUUGACAGAAA